GGUCUCGGUGAGUACGUGAACCUGCGUACAGGGAUGCCUUGUCAUCUUCAUCCAACAAGUGCUCUUUACGGUAUGGGAUACACUCCUGAUUACAUAAUUUAUCAUGAACUUAUUAUGACUACAAAGGAAUAUAUGCAGUGCGUUAGCAGUGUAGAAGGAGACGUAUGCAACCACCAACUUCAACAACUCGAAUUUGCGUAA